UUCUCUCCAAAGUGUGGACCUCAUUCACUAGGAUGCUGGCCCUGCUGCAGGGAGCUUCUCAGAGUGCGCUCUCCGCCCGCCCUAAGAGGAACAACUAAAUGAUAUCCAAAUACCUUUAACGAUUAAUUCGAUUAAUUCGGUUAAAUCGAUCCCGUCGUUCAGUGUCAAUGCGACGUUUCGGUUUUCAGCGUUACAGAACUACUUUUGGCGAAGGGAGCAUGGAAGCCGAGAACACUGCGGGAGGAGCUGAGGAGCUGCAGCUCGAACCCUCAGCACCAAAAGCGCGUGCUGGGUCAAUGCAUAAACACUGCCAUGGGCUGGCUGAAUCCUUGGAGGUUGAGCAGGAAGGGCUGGUGGAGCACCAGCCUCUGGAGCAGGACGAUCUCAACUUUGAGAGAUGGAAGCCCAAGCCAAAGCCCAAGAGGACACUGCACGAAAAAAUAGAAGCCCUGAAAACAUACCUGUGGAACCCCGACACCAAGGAGUUUAUGGGGCGAUCGGGAAAGAGCUGGAGCCUCAUUCUUUUUUUCUACUCUGCAUUGUACAUUUUCCUGGCAGCCAUGUUUGGUGGCUGCAUGUGCUGUCUCAUGUGGUCCAUCAGUCCUUAUGCCCCGACCUACAAUGAUCGUGUGAUGCCUCCAGGUCUGACAAUGUUUCCACAUGUAGAUGUUGCUCAUGGAUUUGAAAUGAAAUUUAAUGCCUCUGAUCGCAGCUCCUGGAAGAAAUACGCAAGAGCACUGGAGGCACAACUGAAACCCUAUGAUGACACAGUUCAGAAGAGGCGUAACAUUGAAUGCAAGCAAGACACAUACUUCCUGCAGGAAAGCCUGGAGGAGAGCGCUGAGAGGAAAGCAUGCCAGUUUAAGAGGUCUUCACUUGGGCCAUGCUCAGGCAUGGAGCAAAAAGACUUUGGCUACGCUGAUGGAAAGCCCUGCAUAAUCCUCAGAAUGAACCGAAUUCUCGGUUAUCUACCAGGUCAAGGUACUCCAGUCAAUGUGACAUGUGGUGUUAAAAAAGGGACACCUGAGGUGCUUGGAGAUGUAGAAUUCUAUCCCAAAAAUAUUUUUGACUUGAUGUAUUAUCCUUAUUAUGGGAAGCUCAGGCAUGUAAACUACACAUCUCCUCUGGUGGCUGUUCGCUUUGUAAAUCCCCAGCUCGACACUCAUCUACACGUGCAAUGUAAGCUAAACGGCAAGGGGAUAAUCAACGAUUCACCCACCGACCGCUUCCUUGGUAGUGUGUCUUUUAAUCUACAAGUCGGUGCGUAGUGUAGAAGUAGAAAUGCAGCGGGGCUAAACAAACGUCUGUGUACAUUAUGGUUAAAAUUAGUCCAAUGUACCUUCUUUACCCAUUUUCCCACCACUGUGCCUUUCAUCUGUGUUUAGCACUGUGCUUACAAACAAACAAAAAAAUGCCCCAGUAGGCUACUAAGAAGAGUGAACAUUGCAGUAUAUAAUAUUUAGAAUAGUGUAGAAGUAUAAUUAUUUUCAUCAUACAUUAAUAUUUGCUACAUUAAGUGGAAAGAAAAUCACAAAUUUAGGCCAAACUUAUUCAAAUGUAGAUAUACACUGUACAGUAAAGAGGUUGAGUGUUGGGUUUCGGGUCAGUUUACUAAAACAUCUCAAUCUAAAGUCAAUUUUAUGUUUGCAUUUUUUUUUUUUUUUUGUACAAAUCAAGAGAUGUUUAACUUUUAAGCCAUACAAGUGAUUCAUUGUUUAACAAUCACUUUAUGACUAAAUAAACAAAACCAGAGGCAAAGGGAAAAUAAUUGCAAAAUUAUAUAAAAUUAUAGAACAAAAUAGCCAUUUAUUCUUACCAGAAAUCACUUUAUCUGAAAAACAUGCAGUACAUACUCCUGGGGGAAAAAAAAAAAAUUAAAUGCCAGUUUGAUGCCAUUUUAACUACAAUUAAAGUUUUUUUUUUUAGAAAAUCUAGCUUGAUUAUACAAUAUGUUCAAGAUGAUUUCUCUCUUCGGGUUACGUUAAAUGCGUAGUCAAGCUUGACUUUACAAAAAAUAUAUAUGGCAUGAUAUUUUAUAUUUUAACAUUACACAUCAUGAACUAAACAGAUUUUGUUUAUUAGUAAAUAUGUAUUUUCCGAAAAUGUGAACUGAGGUUUAUCAGAUACUAUACAAAAUGAUUUGUUGAAUUCACACCGAAACAUAUGAAACCACUUCUCAGCAUUUUACAUGAAUCCAGAUCAGAAUUUCUCUCUCCCUCUCUCUCACACACACACAACUCAUUCUAAAGGUGAAACAUACGAUAUUGCUUGGUUCUCUGUGAGAAGGAUAUCAACAGUAUUAUUUAUUAAUUGUAUUUGCAUAAUUGACAUGGUACAAUUAGUUAUUAACUGUGAUGGUUAGAUGGACAGUAAAUUCUUUGGUGUUUCUUUGAGCGCAGUCAAUGUUUUUCCACCACAGUCGAGUGUUUCCACCUCAUGUUUUUAAAAAGCACUCCUAAUAUUCUAGAUUGAAAAAUUUAAAUAAAGAUGGACCAGAUUUAA